AUGUGGUUGUCCACCUUCUCUAUCCAGUCGAGUCCCGCCACCUUCUUCAAGUCAUCGACAAACAUCCCUCCUCAAAUAGACACUGAAGGCAAGAAGGACUUAGAUAGCUUCAUCGAACAGGUGUAUCUAGCUGUAGCGAAACCGGAUCCUCAUCACAAGAUACAUCGAGAAGUUCACGCACAUAUAAACAAUAAUGAACCAGUCAAUUUAAAACACCAUGUGAAACACACGAAGCAAGUUGAAUACAAAAUAGAUCAAGAAAAUAAGAGAUCCGGUGAAGAAGGACCAGCCCUUGAUUCUCGGGAUGAAGAGGCAAAUGAAAAUUUUGAAUCAACUCGAACACAGGAGCCUGAUGAAGAAAAACGUGUCCAUAGACAUGAAGGUCAUCACAGAGGUUCACAAAAUCACCCAAUAUCAAAUCUGCUAGCUGAUGUUCUGAACGAGAAAGAUCAAAAAGAAUUGAGGGGGACGCUGAAAGAACUAACUGGAUACACCGAUGAGACGAUGGCAAUAGCAUACAUAAAAUCAGCCACUGGAUUAUCACAUAACAGUGAAGUUUACGAGUUUCUGCGAAUGUGUGGAGGCUCUAGGGGAAUCAAAUAUUCGAUUCGCAUCUUCAAGAAAUUCCAAGGGAGAUCAAAUAUCGAAGACUACGUGACCCUAGUCAGAUUAUUAACAGGAGAAACGAAUAUAUUCGCAGCGUUCAAAGUUAUUAAGCAAUUAUCAGGACACAACAACAUCGACGGCAUAUUCGAGAUGUUGCAACGCAUGUCAGGACGCAAAGGACUAUCUGACGUCAUCGAUUACUACGAUCAUGAAGUCGAUCACGAGAAAGGCUUGGAUGGACUGAAGCGGCAAGUGUACCAGCUGACGGGUGGCUUGGGGCCAUCUGAAUUCCCAAGGGUUUACGAAUGCUUAAACUCUGACACUGACUGGCAGGCGACUUUCAACGUUCUCAUAUCAGUAAUGAGGAGCAGCAAUAUCGGUGAAGCCAUUGUCGAAUUCAAUCGUUUGGUCGGAAAGAAGACGUUCUCUGAGUCAAUCACGCUCAUGAAGAAGUUCACUGGUCUUUCACAUUUAAAAUAUGCGUUGGAAGAACUGCUUCAAGAAUCAGCGAGAGUUAGCUUAAAGGUGAUCGUUGAGAAGUUUUAUCAACUAUUCGGAAAGUCCGAUCUGGAACACGUUCAGACGGAAAUUCAACGCUUGUACCAUCAUGACAAUAUAAUUAAACUUCUUCAAACCGUUAAUAGAAUAUUCAAGAAACGGGAUCCUCUAAUAAUAUUCGCAAGCUUGUUGGACAUAACCCAGACUUCCAAUUUGAGCGAUUGUAGUGCUGUGAUCACCGGGCUCACCUUCAGACAGUUGACAGCUUUGGAAGUUAUAGAACAAAUCCAAAUAGAAUCUAGAAGUAAUGACGUAUUGGAUUUCCUGAGGAAAUUAUUGAUUUGUACCGGAACUAAAUCUCUUCGUCUAGCUUGGAACAGCAUCGUUGCGAUCACGAAGAAAAAUGACAUCUUCGUUCUAAUGGAAACAAUUAAAACAUACACGACCGUCGAUAUGAUAUAUUUCUUCCAAACAUUACGUCGUAUUACAAACACGGCGAACAUAAGUCUGGCUGUCGUGGAGAUCCGGGAAUUACUGGAUGUUAAAGGUUUCUUUGAAUGGAUCGACAUAAUUUAUAAAACCGUGCGAAUGGACUUCAUCAAAUUCCUUGAAACCUUCACGACUUUGAGCCCCAAGUUUUUGUUGGAAGAUUCGAUAACAAUAAUCGUUCGAUUCACUGACGAGGAAGAUCCGAUUAAAGCCAUUGGUAAAUUACGAGUGGCUACCGAAGAAAGUGAUAUGGUCAAAGCAAUAGAAUUUGUUAGAAGCAAGAGACAGAAGCACAGCAUAGUAACGCCAACAUCACAAGUUCCGCAAACAGCUAAUACGCCAUCAGCUCCUGUAGUGACACCCUUGUUGAAGCCAUUGGUUCUUCCGAAAAAUCAACUAGACGUACUUAAAUCAGUUGUUACAAAUGAGAAUACUUUUUUCAAUAUAAAAGAAAGCAGUCAAACUGUUUUUAAUAAACAAACAACUAAUACCGUUGCUACUGGAGAAGAAUUAUAUACUGGUCAGCAGCCAGUUUCUCCAUCUACAAACGUUGGCACAGAAUCGUCUAGCGAGCAACCAGCUCCCAUCUCUGGUUAUAAUCAAUCUCCUGUACAACAACCAGAUUCUCCAACUUCACUCGUUGACCAACCAUCACCUAAUGAGCAGCCAACUCCCAUUACUGGUGAUGAUCAAUCUACUCCCGGGGCCAAGCCAUCGCCUAGUGAACAACCAGCUCCCAUUACUGGUGAUGAUCAACCUGCUCCCGGGGACAAACCAUCGCCUAGUGAACAACCAGCUACCAUUACUGGUGAUGAUCAACCUGCUCCCGGGAACAAGCCAUCGCCUAGUGAACAACCAGCUACCAUUACUGGUGAUGAUCAACCUGCUCCCGGGGACAAGCCAUCGCCUAGUGAACAACCAGCUACCAUUACUGGUGAUGAUCAACCUGCUCCCGGGGACAAGCCAUUACCUAGUGAACAACCAGCUCCCAUUACGGGUGAUGAUCAAUCUACUCCCGGGGCCAAGCCAUUGCCUAGUGAACAACCAGCUACCAUUACUGGUGAUGAUCAACCUGCUCCCGGGGACAAACCAUCGCCUAGUGAACAACCAGCUCCCAUUACGGGUGAUGAUCAAUCUACUCCCGGGGCCAAGCCAUUGCCUAGUGAACAACCAGCUACCAUUACUGGUGAUGAUCAACCUGCUCCCGGGGACAAGCCAUUACCUAGUGAACAACCAGCACCCAUUACUGGUGAUGAUCAAUCUACUCCCGGGGACAAGCCAUCGCCUAGUGAGCAACCAGCUACCAUUACUAGUGAUGAUCAACCUACUCUUGGGGACAAGCCAUCGCCUAGUGAACAACCAGCUACAAUUACUGGUGAUGAUCAACCAGCUCCCGGGGACAAGCCAUCGCCUAGUGAACAACCAGCUACAAUAAGUGGUGAUGUUCAACCUGCUCCCGGGGACAAGCCAUCGCCUAGUGAACAACCAGCUACCAUUAAUGGUGAUGAUCAACCUGCUCCCGGGGACAAACCAUCGCCUAGUGAACAACCAGCUCCCAUUACGGGUGAUGAUCAAUCUACUCCCGGGGCCAAGCCAUUGCCUAGUGAACAACCAGCUACCAUUACUGGUGAUGAUCAACCUGCUCCCGGGGACAAACCAUCGCCUAGUGAACAACCAGCUCCCAUUACGGGUGAUGAUCAAUCUACUCCCGGGGCCAAGCCAUUGCCUAGUGAACAACCAGCUACCAUUACUGGUGAUGAUCAACCUGCUCCCGGGGACAAGCCAUUACCUAGUGAACAACCAGCACCCAUUACUGGUGAUGAUCAAUCUACUCCCGGGGACAAGCCAUCGCCUAGUGAGCAACCAGCUACCAUUACUAGUGAUGAUCAACCUACUCUUGGGGACAAGCCAUCGCCUAGUGAACAACCAGCUACAAUUACUGGUGAUGAUCAACCAGCUCCCGGGGACAAGCCAUCGCCUAGUGAACAACCAGCUACAAUAAGUGGUGAUGUUCAACCUGCUCCCGGGGACAAGCCAUCGCCUAGUGAACAACCAGCUACCAUUAAUGGUGAUGAUCAACCUGCUCCCGGGGACAAGCCAUCGCCUAGUGAGCAACCAGCUACCAUUAACGGUGAUGAUCAAUCUACUCCUGGAGACAAGCCGUCGCCUAGUGAGCAACCGACUACCAUUACUGGUGGUGAACAGCCUACUCCCGUGGACAAGCCAUCGCCUAGUGAGCAACCAGCUACCAUUACCGGUGAUGAUAAAUCUUCUCCCGAGGGCAAGCCAUCGCGUAGCGAGCAACCGGCUACCACUACUGGUGAUAAUCAACCUACUCCCGGGAACAAGCCAUCGCCUAGUGAACAACCAGCUACCAUUACUGGUGAUGAUCAACCUGCUCCCGGGGACAAGCCAUCGCCUAGUGAACAACCAGCUACAAUAAGUGGUGAUGUUCAACCUGCUCCCGGGGACAAGCCAUCGCCUAGUGAACAACCAGCUACCAUUAAUGGUGAUGAUCAACCUGCUCCCGGGGACAAGCCGUCGCCUAUUGAACAACCAGCUCCCAUUACUGGUGAAGAUCAAUCUACUCCCGGGGACAAGCCAUCGCCUAGUGAGCAACCAGCUACCAUUAACGGUGAUGAUCAAUCUACUCCUGGAGACAAGCCGUCGCCUAGUGAGCAACCGACUACCAUUACUGGUGGUGAACAGCCUACUCCCGUGGACAAGCCAUCGCCUAGUGAGCAACCAGCUACCAUUACCGGUGAUGAUAAAUCUUUUCCCGAGGACAAGCCAUCGCCUAGUGAGCAACCAGCUACAAUAAGUGGUGAUGAUCAACCUGCUCCCGGGGACAAGCCAUCGCCUAGUGAACAACCGGCUACCAUCACUAGUGAUGAACAAUCUUCUCCCGGAGCCAAGCCAUCGCCUAGUGAACAACCAGCUACCAUUAAUGGUGAUGAUCAACCUGCUCCCGGGGACAAGCCAUCGCCUAGUGAGCAACCAGCUACCAUUAAUGGUGAUGAUCAAUCUACUCCUGGAGACAAGCCAUCGCCUAGUGAGCAACCGGCUACAAUAAGCGGUGAUGAUAAAUCUACUCCCGGGGACAAGCCAUCGCCUAGUGAGCAACCGACUACCAUUACUGGUGGUGAACAGCCUACUCCCGUGGACAAGCCAUCGCCUAGUGAGCAACCAGCUACCAUUACCGGUGAUGAUAAAUCUUCUCCCGAGGGCAAGCCAUCGCGUAGCGAGCAACCGGCUACCACUACUGGUGAUGAUAAAUCUACUCCCGGGGCCAAGCCAUCGCCUAGUGAGCAACCAGCUACCAUUACUGGUGAUGAGCAACCUGCUCCCGGGGACAAGACAUCGCCUAGUGAGCAACCAGCUACAAUAAGUGGUGAUGAUAAAUCUACUCCCGGGGACAAGCCAUCGUCUAGUGAGCAACCAGCUACCAUUACGGGUGAUGAGCAACCUGCUCCCGGGGACAAGCCAUCGCCUAGUGAGCAACCAGCUACCAUUACGGGUGAUGAACAACCUGCUCCCGGGGACAAGCCAUUGCCUAGUGAGCAACCAGCUACCAUUACUGGUGAUAAUCAAUCUGCUCCUGGUGGCGAGCCAUCGCCUAGUGAGCAGCCAGCUGUACCUGCUGAUGAAAAAUCUCCUGACCAUUUUGUUAUUCGAACUGACACCAUAACUACGUCCUCAAACUCACAAUCUAUAGAAGAACAGGAGGCCAAUCCAUCGGGAUCUGGUCCACAGCCUUUAGCUCCUGGCUCACAAAACAGCGUGACUUUUUCAAACAGAGAUAAAUUGCGCGCUCUUCAAGUGAACAUGAAUUUGAAAUUGUUGAUUCUGCCAGAAGGUCCGAGAAACAGUAAGAAUUGUUACUGCACGUGCGAUAGUCAAAACGCGCCUAAACUGAUACCUCUAAAAGAAUUGCCUAAUGAAAUCACCGGUGCAUGAAAAAACUUACCGACUUCUUAAUAAAAAAGUAUGAAUUUUAUACUAUUUAAAUGUUUUAAUCAAAAUAUUUGUUUAUUAGAAAUAUGAAUAAACGUAUUCGGCGGAUUUAUAAAUAUAACUGAGCU